GCUGCCGCCCAGCGCCCUCGCCGAGGCCAUGCCCGGGCCCUAGCGUGCCUGCCGCAGCCCGCGCCCAGUGCCCCGUCCCGCGCCCCGCAGCCCCGCAGUCCCGCGCCCGCCGCCGCCUCUUCAAUGGGCAACCUGCUCGGCGGGGUCAGCUUCCGCGAGCCCACCACCGUGGAGGACUGCGACUCCACCUGGCAGACGGACUCGGAGCCCGAGCCCGAGGAGCCGGGGCCGGGUGGCGGCGGCGAGGGCCCGGGGCAGGAGCCCGAGCAGCCUGCGCAGCCCCCGGAGCGAGUCGGCGGGCGUUCCCGCGCCGGCCCCGAGCCGGACGAAGACGCCGAGGCGGCGGGCGCCGAGCAGGGUGGUGAUUCCACUGAAGCAACUACCAAACCAAAGAGAAGUUUUUAUGCUGCGAGGGACCUGUACAAAUAUCGACAUCAGUACCCACAGAACUUCAAAGAUAUCCGAUAUCAAAAUGACUUGAGUAAUCUUCGUUUUUAUAAGAAUAAAAUUCCAUUUAAGCCAGAUGGUGUUUACAUUGAAGAAGUUCUAAAUAAGUGGAAAGGAGAUUAUGAAAAGCUGGAGCACAACCACACUUAUAUUCAAUGGCUUUUCCCCCUGAGAGAACAAGGCUUGAACUUUUAUGCUAAAGAAUUAACUACAUAUGAAAUUGAGGAAUUCAAAAAAACAAAAGAAGCAAUUAAAAGAUUCCUCCUGGCUUAUAAGAUGAUGUUAGAAUUUUUUGGAAUAAAACUGGUUGAUAAAACUGGAAAUGUUGCUCGGGCUGUUAACUGGCAGGAAAGGUUUCAGCAUCUGAAUGAGUCCCAGCACAACUAUUUACGAAUCACUCGUAUUCUUAAAAGCCUUGGUGAGCUUGGAUAUGAAAGUUUUAAAUCUCCUCUUGUAAAAUUUAUUCUUCAUGAAGCCCUUGUGGAAAAUACUAUUCCCAAUAUUAAACAGAGUGCUCUGGAGUAUUUUGUUUAUACAAUUAGAGACAGGAGAGAGAGGAGAAAGCUCCUGCGGUUCGCCCAGAAACAUUACACGCCUUCAGAGAAUUUUAUCUGGGGGCCACCGAGGAAAGAACAGUCAGACGGGGGAGGCAAAGCCCAGAAGAUGCCUGCCCCUCCCACCUCCGGUCACAUCAGUCAAACUUCUAUGCACAAAAAAUCCAAGGACUCCAAAAAUUCCUCCUCAGCUGUUCAUUUAAAUGGCAAAACAGCCGAAGAAAAAAAAGUGGCACCUGGAGGGCCAGGAGAGGAGAAAGACAGGCCUAGUGCAGAGCCCAGCGGUGAAGCUACCAAGCCGAGAAACACAGAGGACAGUAAUGGCGAAAAUUCAAAUUCUGAACUGGAAAAAACAGUCACCAGUCCCACUGAGCAGAAGGAGAGUACAGCUUCUCCUGAAAAAGAGGAGGAUGGCGACAGUCAUAGCAAAGACCCUGAAGAUCCUGGAACUGCUGAGGCUCCCGAUGAUGGACAAUCACAGUGAAUUAUCAGAUAACCCACACCCCAGCUUAGGUAAGGGAGGAGGAACUGUACAGGGUCUCCUGAAGAGCGGAGGGCACAUUGCAAAUUUUCCCCGUCUGUUUUUGAUUUCCCAAAACUAUUUUUGCUGGUUUUUCAUUUUGGAUGACAAUGAAUUUAAUCUUUAGUAAGAAGUUUUAAGCAAGACCCAAUAAACGAAUGUAUUCUGUAAUGCUUUUAGGAUGUGACUUUUCAAAUUCUGUACCCAAUGAUUGCUUUGAAGUGAUUUUCAAUGUAUCUGGGAAUAAUCAUGUAGUAUCUCAUGUAUCAAAUAAAUUCCUUGGGAGAUUACAGUCUACAUGAAGAAAAGCAAGGGGACGAAUUUCGUUCUGUUGCCAUGCUUUUUGCCAAUUUAUGGAUUUAUUUCUUAAGCUGGAAAAACAGUUUGGUCAUUUCAGAUAUAUUCAUAGAGUAAUUUGGACUCGUCAUUACAACACCUUAAUAUGUUUAUUUUUAAAUUCUGGUAUGUGAGAUUUAUGUUCUUGGGGAGCUAUAAUCUCCCAGCCCAUUUCGUGUCCUCACUGCCCUUGCCUGUUUCCCUCUCUCUGCACUUGCCCUCACUGGCCAUCUUUGUCAGCCAGCAUGUGUGUUUCUUGGGUAUGUUCAGGUGAUCCCCUGUACUGAAAUUUAAAUGGAACAGAAAGGCACUUUUCAGCUGUACGAUCAUCAAGAAUUUGCUUUCUUAAAAUAAUAAAAAUGUCUUUCUAUGUUAAAUGCUUAAAAACAAAUUUUGAUGCAAAAGUCCAAGAGAAAGAUUUUGCUUUUAUGGCUGUUCCAUAUAAAUUUGGUGCCUGUGUCUAAAUGCAAAUGACUAAAGAAUUAAAAAAUAAGAAAAGAAAUUACUCAUUUUUAAAGGGCAUGCUUCUUACGCUGUCAACAAGGUAGUGGUCCCUAAUCCUUGACUAUCUCAGUGUUCUGUGGGCUAUGAAAUUAAUAAUAGUACUUAGUCCAGAGUAUCUUUAAAAAAAAAAAACAAACAAUUUGUUGUAUCUCUAAGUUGUGAAACCUCAAAAUUGAGAAUAGAUUUGAAAUUCCAUAUCCUCAGGUUUAGCAAGCACUUGAUGUUUUGAUAUUGGUUAAGAGGAAGUCAUUUUAUUUCCUCUACUACUAUUAUUAAUUAGUACUACAAAUCGGAAAAUAAUCAGAAAUGCAGGGCUGAGAACUUCAAAGCAUGCGUACAAAUAGUUAAAGCAAUUAAUAGAAAAAAAAUUCACUUUCAUUUAGAGCGGAAUUGGCUUUUGUGUAUCUCUUGUGCUUUUAGAUUCACUUUAACCACCAGAGAAUUUUUAUUAUGUUCUAUUUGUUAGUCAUAACAUACCAUCUUCUGUUACCUUUAUGAUCAGAGGAUUUCCAGCCAAAGAUUUCUAGAGAAUAUAUCAACAGUAUGCCUUUAGAAAUACCUUAUUGCUUUGAAGUUUACAUGAAACAUCACAUUUGCUCAAACUUGACUUUUUAAAUACAAAUAUUAGAAACAACUUGUAUAUCAUAUUCCAGUUAAUCUAGAGUAUUUUCUCAUUUUUGGUUCCCAUAACAUCCCAAUUUUUGCUUUCUAUUGUUUGUGAAGUGAACAUAAAGAUUUGGGGAAACAAUUCUGCUUUUGCAUUUCAGUUUCGUUUUUGUAUGGACCCUCUAUUGUGGUGCUUGUAGCAAUGUCCCCAUAGAGAUGAUAAACAGUUUUCAGGGUUAGAUGGUGAGAGUAGUUGUCACAUUGAACUGAAUUGUAGGAACAUGAUUAAUUCAAAAUAUCUUACCAAUUCUGAAUACAUGAUAAAACAUUCAGACUGCUUUCUAAGUGUAUAAUACUAAAAAUUUGUGAUCAGAUAUUAAAAUAUUUUAAAAAAACAGUGGACAGAGACAAAAAUAAAUGGAUAUAAUCUGAAUGUCUUGGAAACUGAGCCCUUACAGGUAAAACAUUUCAUUCAACAAUUUAACUUUUAGAAUAUUAUUCCUAAUUAGGGGUUUGAUUAGAUUGUGCCAAUUAAUUAGAGAAGAUUUAGUCUCAAGGGAAAAACUGCCUGGCUUCCAUUUAAAACAGUGGCCUUUUCCCAUUAUUAUUUUUAAGAUCCAUAUUCAUAUGUAACAGUAUGAUUCCUCCAUUUAAUCUGCAAAUAUUUUAUGAGAGAAUUCUUCAGUAGAGAACAAGUGAGGGGAUGUCAUUCCUUUUGCAAAUAAAAACUGAGUGUCUAAAAUUUUUUUUCUAUAAAGAAUACUUUGUACAAUUAAUAGUUUUUUAAAUAAGAUCUAUAGAUACGUAUUUAUGUGGGUCUUAAAUAUGAAACAGCCCUCUGGGUUUGACGCUGAUGUUUUGUAUUUUGAAAAACUACCAUAUGCUUGCAGAAAUUUAUUGAGAAGCUGUUUUAAAAAUGCAGUGAAGCAUGGCCAAAUAGCUAGAAACAUUAUUGAAUCUUUGCAAAUAUAUAGACUUUAUUAUUGCACCUUGGAUUGCGAGAAUAUAAACAUUGGCUAUUGAUAAAAUAUUAAAUUGCAUUUCAUGGCAAAUAGAUGUUAUAUCGCUUGGUUAGUCUAGUACAUUUCUAAUAUUUUGUGCUUUCAUAUCUCUAAGGGGAUAAUAUAUGUGAAAGUAUUUUGAAAUACUGUAAAGUGAUAUAUAAUAUAAGAUAUAUUUCUGUACAGUAGAGAGAAGUUUAUAACAUUAAGAAUAUUGUAUCAUUAUACAGUUUCAUGCUCAAUCUCAUAAGGAACUCAGAAGAAUCAUGAUAGAAGUGAAAAUGUGUUUGCUUUCUCUAAAUCAGGUCUAGUUCUCAGUUCAAAAAUUAUUUUGUAUAGUUUUAUUUUGAAUUUAGGUUUUGAGACUACUUUUUUCAGCUUCAAGUAGAAAAUAAAAUAUAUAACUCAGGAGUUACUAGAGAAGUUCUAAGAUUUUUUAGCUAAGUAUUAAAAAUAUAAAUGUAUGAAAAUGUCAUUUAACAGCUAUCAUUGUCAUUAUGUUUCAUGUUUUGUUGUAUAGAAUUAUCUACUUUGCUUCUAGCUUUUAUGUUUUAAUCUGAGUGAAAAUAUGAUCUGGUGAAAAAGGAAAAACAGUGCCAGUGUUCUGAGUUACUAUUCAAAAAACCAUUUUAGUAGGUAAACUCUAUAUCAAGUGGUCAAAACUGGUUGAACUGAUAGAGACUAUUUGGUUAGAGUUAAAUUUCCCUUUAAAAUAGAGUUAUGGUUGAGUUUAUACUCUCUUGAGUAACUAAAUCAGCCAGGCUCUUUGUCUUUCUAUAAUUGAGGUUCUUCUAGAAGCUAUAUUUUCUAACCUGAGAAAAGGACAUUCUUGACUUUACUUGAACGUAGCUUCGUCUAUGAGUCUUUCAUGUCUGUCUGGGCUGAGUGGGGAUCCUUUGUUAUAGGAAUGGUUUUGAAGACUUCUAAUUUGUUUCCCACCAAGAGAAUUCCAGAGUAUGGGUCAAUCAGGGUCAGUGUAGGAUCUAGAACAUUAGCAGUUACAUAUAUUGGCUUCUUUUGAUUUUUUUUGUAGUGUUUAUGACAUGAACAGAUUUGUGUGGGGGUAAUCUCUAGAGUGACAGUGAGUACUACCGUGCCUCCUUCCCUGUUCUAGUUAUCCAGCCCACCCAGCAGAUUGUGUUCAGGGACAGGCUGUGUUUUUAAAAAUCCCUUAUUACUGAAGUUAAUAAUGAUAUAGUUAUAAAUAUGAAUGCCUGGAGGUGUCCAGAUGUGCCUUAACUAAUGUAAAUGGUUCUCAUUCAGAAGUUUAGAUUUUUACUCCAUUGUAAAAUCUUGCCAUGAGGAACUUUCCAAACCAUGAAUAUCACUAUUUUACUGAAUUUACGUUGGUGCUUUUUCAUUUUGGAGAAAUUUCCCUUUGUGACAGUAGCAUAGGAAGUGUACUUGCCACAGUGUUCAACAAUGUCAUUUAUUUGACAGAAAUUGUUUACAGUAAGAAAGAUUAACUACAUUGGUACACUUGUUUAUGUUCUUGCUGGAUUUUGCUACAUGCUAUGAUUUUCAUUUUAAACAUUACUCAGUUACUACAAGUAAUAUUUAUCAGUAUUUCACUCUUUUCUUUGCUGCAGAUGGAUGCAGAAAAUGGAAAUCUAUUAGAGAAUUAUUUAGAAGUGUAACUCCAGUAGAUGGUCAGAGGAAUCUGAAACUAAUUUUCUUACUAGAAACAUUUAAAAAGCACUGUUUUUGCUUUUUUUCCUAGAUUAGAAUCUUCUUUGUCAUCUGCUUUUUUUCCUGAUCUGUUCAGGAAAAAUAACUAAUUUUAGUUAUUUGUGGGAAAUAGCUUCUUAAUAUGUUUGUUGCUUGAAUUGAAGUUUUCAUGUGGAGGAUACAAUUAAGUGUUUGUUUUAUGGCUGAGACUGUGCCUGGAAGUAGAAUCAAGAAUGGGGACUAAGAAUCAGGUGGGCGUCUUGGUACAGUGGAGCCAGCACUGGGUUCCAGUCUCUCCAAAGGCAUGAUGGGUCCUCAGAGCUUCCUCGGAAUCAUGAGGGUGUUGAGCCCCACUAUCCUUGACUUCUGAAGAAUGUGGACUAACUUGGAUUCCAAAUACAAUUUUAAUAGGUAUCGAUUUUCACAAACUAUGUUAUAAUUUAUUACCAUUUUGUAGUUGUUUAGGAAAUUAUGAGCAAUUGGACACCUCCUAUGUAAAUCGUAGCUGAAUCUUUAUAACCAUCUUGGGAAACAUCAGAACACCAUUUCUGCCUCCCCCUCCUCUCAGUUCUUCAAUCAAAAAUUCUUUUGGGUUGUUCUUUCAUAGGUUAAAUACUAAAAAGUUUUUAUAAAAUGACUCUGUAUUUUAAAAAUGAACUGAAAGGGAAGAGACAUUGAUGCCUACUUGUAAGGCUUGAAGACCUUGUUAAAAAAAAAAAAUCAGAAACCUCAUGAAAAUAUAUUUAAGCUAUGAAGUUCAUCAUAUUUUCAUUUUUAAAUUAUAGCAGAGUUUAUGGAACAGUUUACAUUUACAUUACAGAGAGAUUAGUUAUAUAAUAAUCUUGGCCCUAAGAUAUUUUCAAGUUCCGUACUCAUUGGUCAAAUGGGCAUUGAUUUUUUUCGGGGCUAAUUUAGUUUCAGGUGAAGAAAAGGAAAACACAAAUGGAACAAAAGAUUAGAAACAGUAACAAACUUUCUACAGAAAUAAAGAUAUAACCAAUGAUGAGUUUGCACAAGUGACAGAAUUAUUGGGAACAGAUGAGGAAUGAUCUAUAAAAGCUUUAUGGUAGGGAUGUGAUUUCAGAAUUAGCUCUGUGUUAUUUUUGCCUAGGAGAUAAGGGAUUGGUGUGCAAACAGAAUCCCAUUAAUACUCUCAUCUGAACCAUGACUUCCACCCACUCCAUGGUAGAAUGAAACAUUUCAGUAGAGGGGGUAGAAGUAGACAUGAUCAGGUACCAAGUUUAAUUUCUUUGCCAGUGUGUAUCAAUAGUUGGUGGUUUUACUAACCAAUUAAACUGAGGGACUGGCUGAGAUAGGAUUCGGUAAUAAGAUUGUCUAGAAAUGAAGUAACAAAAGAGUUGACAUCAUAUUAAUUGUGUGGCAUUAAAAUUAAGAGAAAGAAGUGAGAGCAAAGCAUUAGCUGAUCCUUUGAUAAACAUGUUUUUUCAUUUUUAUAAAAAGACAAUUUACUCCCUUUUCCUGAAUAAACUAUUGGCCUUUCAUUAGUAUUACCUAAGAAGAUAGAUGGCCAACUGGGUCCUGGCACUAUUUUACUUUGGAAACUACUGUGUCCUUUGUAUUUUAGGUACUUCAGGAAAAUGGGUAUGAUUCCUAAAAAGAUGUGUGGUUUACUUCCCAUGUAAGCUCUCACUGUCCAGCAGCCACUGGGUCUUCUCUGUGCUCUGUAUUCUACUGAAGUAUGAAUUACAGAACGCUGUGCAUGUCUGUUAGUACCAAUACCAUGUGUGUGUGGUAGGAGUUGUAACCAGUUUCUGGAUCUGUAUGGUACUAUGAAACACUUGUUUUAUAAUUCUAUAAUUGUAUGGCAGUGUUAUGCCAAAAAUGUAUAAAGAACAAUAGUUUCUGUUGCUGACUGCUGUAUUUUAAAAUAUGGUUUCUGAAAUAAUAUAUUUAGAAUUCCUUUAGAGUAAUUAUUUUUAAAAACUAUUGCCAAAUACACAUCCUGUAAAACGAAUAAAAGCCACUUCAUCUUGGUUAACAUUUUAGCAUUAUGUUAGAGUACAUUAUAUUGAUUUUGCACGAUUAAAAUAUUUUUGAGGAGCUGGAACAAAUGAUUUGCUGUUUUUCUAUGAUUAGACAUAUUUUUAUGAUGAUCAUAUGAGAUCCACAGUAUUUCCUUUCAUGUUGCAAAAUAAAUAUUUUAUUUUGAAGGGUGAAAUCUUA